UACGUGUCCAUAGAGAAAAUAAACCCAUCCAUCCAUGGCCGAUCUCAUUGCUGUCAAGUCUCUAUUUCUGUUAAAAUAAUGAAGCACCUUCAAUGAUUCUUAUUGGGUUUUUAAUGUGGAAGUGAAGUGUGGCGGUGCGGUCUCGGUCAUAGGGCUCGUUGGUCACCGCCACCAUGUUCAGCGGAACGGUGCGCGUAAAGGUGUGUGAGGCUACGGGCCUUCGACCGACCGAUUUUCAGAAACGGCACAAUAUGACCUUCGGGAAGCCUGACGAUCAGCCAAUAGACCCGUAUGUGUCGAUCGACGCCGAUGAACACCAUUUAGACCGCUCCAGCACGAAACCAAAAACAUUUGACCCUGUAUGGAAUGAAACAUUUAUUCACGAAGUUCAGAACGCAACCAAUUUGGGUAUCACUGUAUUCCAUGAUGCUGCAAUACCUCCAGAUGACUUUGUGGCAAAUUGCACAAUCCCCUUUGAAGAUCUCAUGCAUCGAGAAAAGGAUGCCACAGAUUUUUGGGUGGACCUAGAACCUCAGGGAAAAAUUCAUCUUAAAAUAGAUCUGAAAUGGAAUUCUCAAGUGGGCGUGGUGGGCGGCAGCGGCGCGGGCCCGCGGCGCGAGUUCAAGGAGGGCGCGGGGUUCGCGCGCCGCCGCGGGGCGCUGCGCCGCCGCGUGCACCAGGUCAACGGCCACAAGUUCAUGGCCACCUUCCUGCGUCAGCCCACCUUCUGCUCGCACUGCCGCGAGUUCAUCUGGGGCCUUGGUAAACAAGGAUAUCAAUGUCAAGUAUGCACGUGCGUGGUGCACAAGCGCUGCCACUCGUCCGUCGUCACCAAGUGUCCAGGCAUGCGGGAGGAGCAGCAGAGCGUGUCGUGCGCGUCGGGCGGGCAGCGCUUCAGCGUGAACGUGCCGCACCGCUUCGUGGUGCACUCCUACAAGCGCUUCACCUUCUGCGACCACUGCGGCUCGCUGCUCUACGGGCUCAUCAAGCAGGGCCUGCAGUGCGAGGUGUGCUCGAUGAACGUGCACAAGCGGUGCCAGAAGAACGUGGCCAACAACUGCGGCAUCAACACCAAGCAGAUGGCCGAGAUCCUCAGCGAGAUGGGCAUCACGCCCGACAAGAACCCGCGCCCCAGGGCUUCCAAGUAUUUGAAUACUCCAAUGCUGGAAGGUCCACCCGACUUCCUGCCCGAAGACGGGAAGGACGAGAGACAAGAGGACAAAGAGAUGGAGGAGGGCCAGAAACUGUGGGGGUCUCAGUGGGAGGAACUGCGCGACAUAUUCAGUAGUUACCAAGGUGCGCCGGCCGAGCCCGCCUGGCCCUCCGCGUGGGACGACCUCGAGGACGUGUUCGGGUUCAAACAAGGUUCCGAGGGCACGGGCGGGCACAAAGUGUCGCUGGACGACUUCCACUUCAUCAAGGUGCUCGGCAAGGGCUCCUUCGGGAAGGUGAUGCUCGCUGAGAAGAAGGGCACGGACGAAGUGUACGCGGUGAAGGUGCUGAAGAAGGACGCGAUCAUCCAGGACGACGACGUGGAGUGCACGCUGACGGAGCGGCGCGUGCUGGCGCUGGCGGCGCGCCACCCGUUCCUCACGGCGCUGCACUGCGCCUUCCACACGCCCGAGCGCCUCUUCUUCGUCAUGGAGUACGUCGACGGCGGCGACCUCAUGUUCCAGAUCCAGCGCGCGCGCAAGUUCGACGAGCCGCGCGCCAGGUUCUACGCGGCGGAGGUGACGCUGGCGCUGCAGUUCCUGCACUCCAACGGGGUGAUCUACCGCGACCUGAAGCUGGACAACAUCCUGCUGGACAGCGAGGGCCACUGCAAGCUCGCCGACUUCGGCAUGUGCAAGGAGGGCAUCAUCGAUGGUGUAACCACAACCACUUUCUGCGGUACGCCGGAUUAUAUUGCUCCUGAGAUCCUGCAGGAGCUGGAGUACGGCCCGUCGGUGGACUGGUGGGCGCUGGGCGUGCUGCUGUACGAGAUGCUGGCCGGCCAGCCGCCCUUCGAGGCGGACAACGAGGACGACCUGUUCGAGAGCAUCCUGCACGACGACGUGCUCUACCCCGUCUGGCUCUCCAAGGACGCCGUGUCCAUACUCAAGGGGCUGAUGACGAAGAACCCGUCGCGGCGGCUGGGCGUGGUGGGCGGCGAGGCGGGCAUCCGCGCGCACGCCUUCUUCCGCGACAUCGAGUGGGACGCGCUCGCGCGCCGCGCCGUGCGCCCGCCCUUCCGCCCCAAGAAGAGCAAGCGCGAGGCGGCGAACUUCGACGCGGAGUUCACGAAGGAGGAGCCCUGCCUCACGCCCGUGCCGCCCGACGUGCUGCGCGCCAUCAACCAGGUGCGCCCCACACCCAGCCCACACCCCAUCACACAUCACAUC